AUGAAAGAGGCAAAAUCUAUCCAUGACAUCAUCCGCCAGCAUCCAAGGGAGCGAGUUCUCGUUCAGCCGCUGGAAUGGGUACAACUGCACCUAGAGCUGCUCAAGUGCUCCUUCAAGGACGUGUCCCCUGAAACUUUAUCAGAGGCUUCGGAUACAACUGCAUCCGAGGCAUCGGGGAGUAAGAAGACCAUCGAUCGUGAUGCAAGGACAGCUGAGCGCUUGGCAACUUCGGAUAUGAAAAAUGCAGCCAUCAAGAAGCUGAUUUCUGAAGACGGCGGACCUCUGAGGUUCCAGAGACCCUUUGGCUACUUCUGCUUUGGUAAGAAGCAUGAGUAUCGUCUGCAUGGUGCAGUCUUUUCAAUGCGCUUGUCUGGCAGCUUAGCACCCGUCUUUGCUUUCCUUCAACGAGGGAUGAUCCGGAUCCAACGAGAAGGUGUUUUUCAACCUCCUAGACCAAGACGGGCUAAUCCUCCGGCUGAGUCUUUACGCAAGAUGCGCAUUAAGCAACUUGAACCAGAAGAUCAAUGGCGUGAACCUUACAUCCUGGCUGUGCUCAUAGGUCUUGCUCAAUCACAGGCCGAAGACAAGAGCUCUCCUCAAACUCGGUUUCGUCAAAAUCGCGUUUUCAAGACCUGUGCUGUGUAUGUGGACGAGGACAACUCAGAGUUCAUGUACUUUUACAAUGCACAAAUCUCCCUUGCUUUCUUGAGCAAGUUUGAGUAUCCACAGACGCUCCACAAGCCGACGGGCGCCAUGUCCUCGGAACUCUGUAUCCGGAUGAAGAAACUCACCUUUAAGCCGUUCUCGACUUUGAAAUCGAGACUUCUCGCAGAGAUUCAAGAUUGCUACAAGGAUGACAAUGAAGAACACAAAGAAGAGGAAGGGCCCACUGAAAAGGGGGCCGCAGGGCAGGGCAGCGGAGAAAGUUCGCAGCCUAGUCACGAUAAGAAACAGGUUGGUGCUCCUUGUCGGCGCGAUAACCUGGUAAUCAGGUAA